ACCGUUUUUGACACUACUGACACCUCACUACGCGCCGACAAACCUGUCAAACCAUCACGUCUAUACUUCAGCAGGAGACUGCCUCUAUCGCGUCUUUUUUUCUGAAACACCCGACAAACCGGCAAAACGUGACGACAAUAACAUGGACCCCGGCCUGGAGUCGACCAGCUUUUAAGCGCUUAUCGAGGCGCGGGAAGCUGCAUAUACGUUUCGACAUCAAAGUGAAGAGCUUCAAGAUCAUUAUGGCCCCUCGAUCAAUAGACAGUCAGAUGCUCGUAAAUGGGCCUACACUGUCUUGCGAAUCCCAAAAUGGGGAGUGUGGUGAGACAACGCCCUCAAAACUACUGAAGCGCCAGAGAUCGUCAGACAAGAUGCACGAGAAGCGAAAGAAGAGCCGACACGACAGUGCCGCGGGGUCAGCACCGCCUUGUCCUCUAUUAGUGGCUCUGCGAGAGUAUGGUCUUCUUGAGAACGUCCUUUCUUGUCUUUGCCCCGACGACCUACUAGCGCUACUGUUGUGCUCAAAGUCGAUAUACCAGACACUUGUCCCACAGCCUGGUAGCCUAGAAAACUUGCUCGGCAAGUUGAGAUGCUCCGGAAAAGGUGUCCGGAUACGAAGAGAACGACAUGUCAAGUCGUCCUUCUUCUAUGCAUACGAAUGCAGUGAAUACGUCGAAUGUGGAGCAAUAGACGGUGUCGCCGAGUCUCGUCCCUGCACAAACUGCAAAGUUACGACUUGCAACGAAUGCCGCAUCCAUUGUGUAUACCAGAGUAUCUUCGAGAAGCCAUGCGAAGAUGAUGAGCUGCCCAACUACAGCGGUUUCAUCCUCCUCUCGCCGUCCGAGAUACCCAUAUUGAGCCCCCACCACCUGAAAGAUAAUCUCACUACACCACAAUGGCAAGCCCCAUCACCUGCCACAUCUGCACCCUAUCACGAUCAGGGAUUUAUUGACGUACCCCUUGAGGAAGAAAGCUUUGGCCCACCCGAGUGCGUCGACGAUUUCCUAAACUUGAAUCUUGGCACAUGCACGUUUGCCGGACCAGUGGCUUCAAAUGUAGCCCAUCCAUCACCUGUCCUUCGAUCAUUAUACCAAACUACAGAAGGAAGAAAACGCCGGUUUUGCGAUAAUCAUCUUCCCUCAGGCAUACCAAAGCAACGAAAGGAUCUUUCAGUUCACCAGUGCCAGUGCAGCCUUCGCAGUCGUUUUCUCGACCGAUGGCUCUGUUUACGAUGUUACGAAAACGAAGAAACGACUCUACAUAAUACAUAUGUUGACCAUGUGGCGCAUUGCUGUUGCGGGUCAACGCAUGUCAGGGAGAUAUGCAUGUGGUGUCUCGGUGAGAUCUCGCAGCCUCACACUGAAGAGGCACAGCCGGACUCAGAAAACAGCCUUGGUGAGCGCUCUGCUUAAGUCUUGUGGACCCAAGGCUGAGUGAGAUUUAAGGCAACAAAGCAAAGUCCUCUCCCUUUAAUGAUGACAAAAUCUAUCUUCCUUAAUAUUUCGAAAAGUACUUUGAGCGCUUCUCGUGCAUGUACUUUGAUUCUGUACUAUAGCUCAUCCCAAAUUUCCCCUCAGCCCUUCGCAUAUACCCCUUGUACACUAAGUUAUGAAGUAUCAGAGCCAGUCUGCUACUAUUAUGACUACCCUUAAUGGAACCAAUGUAUAUUGAUUUUG